CUCUUUUUUACUCAUAUCUUUCAGCCAUCACCUUAAAUCACCCAUUACUUUAAUUACUGAACUUGCAGCUGAUAGCUCCACUGAUUAUAGCCAGCCAAUAGCGUGUAGACUUGUUGUCUCACCAUCUGUGACGUCAGCAAGUCUAUAAAAGUUUGUGCUGCCCAUUUCUCAUGGUCCUUCUACCAUCUGACCCGUACUAGUACGCUGUGCCCUUUUUCGCCCUUUUGGCACAUUUUUUAGUGUGACUACUCUUUGUAAUUCUGUAACUUCAAAAUUCUUCAAUACAAUCUUUUCGGCCCUUCAAAUAUAUUCUUAUUCUUGCUCUCCCACAAUCUUUGCUCUCCCACAACUUUUUAGUAAAAACUCUAAACUUAUGACAGUUUUUAUCUCGGAUCCCUCCAGUCAUCGUUGCGCUUGCCGUCUCGCGAGUUAUUUUGCGUGUUUUGCUUGUUUCUAGUUCCUAAUGAUGACUCGUUUCAUGUUGUUACUUCUAUCCAUUCAUACACUUAAUGCCCUUCUGAUGCCCGAAGAUGAAGCGCAAACAGACGACGGAAAUAAAUCCCACUUACCACCCCUUACGGUUGCUGGUGUCAACGUGGAGCACAAAGAAUCACGUUUCCUGAACACCGAAUUUUUUAUGGAUACGGUAGAGUCGAGGUAUUUCGUCGACAAGUCAAAUUUAAUUCGCACAUUUUUCGAUUUCCGGGGAAAUGAGCAUGUGGUUCUCCAUGGACCCAAGCGAUUCGGGAAAACUGUCAACAUGAAUAUGAUUCAAGAGUUCGUCGAAAUAGAAACGGACGAGAAUGGUCACACAGCCGACAGAAGCAACCUUACUAAGUGGAAUGUGUUUAAAAAACUUGCCAUUGGGCAGGAUAAAGAAGUCUUCAGAGAGUACUUUGCUGCAUUUCCUGUUCUUCAUUUGGUAUUCGAUAUGACUUUUACCUCAUACAAUGAUUUUCUAGACAAGUUUGCGAUCGUGAUCAAAAAAGAAUUUAAAAGGCAAGGAAGUAGGCACUUCUUCAAAGGCGGUAAUUACGUAUCUCCUAAGCCGGCAUUCGCGAAUGACCCUGAACUUGUGAGAAUAUAUAAAAAGUAUACGAUAGACCCAGAAAAUCUAUCCAAAGUGGAACUAUUUGUCGCAGGAUAUGAAUUGGCUUUUCUGCUCUACAGGAGAUUCAGAAGACGGGUCAUUGUACUCAUUGAUGAAUACGAUGCGCCGAUAACACAAGCAACGCUCAAUCCUGAUAUUUCAAACGAUGAUGCUGAAAAAAUCAUUACGUUUCUCACCACAUUUUUGAAGAGUUUAGUAAAACCUAGCAGAGCGGGUGUUAUCGAGCGUUCACUGCUUACUGGCAUCACCACAGUAGGGAGUACAAGUAGUAUUGGAAUCAAUAAUCUACAGUUUUGCCGAAUAUUUGAUGAUCCAAAAAUUGCCCCGUAUUAUGGAUUUACACGGGAAGAAGUCAUACAUCUUACCAAAAAUUUUCGGUCGAAGAUAAGAUUGACGCAAUUACAGAUUAUUACGAUGGCUUCAAAACAGAAAAAGGCUCAUCCAUGUUUUGCAUGGAGUCGGUGAUUAGUUUUUUGGAUUCAGGAAAAAUUAUCCCAUACUGGGACCCUUUCGGUCGUUAUUUUGAUUCUCUUUUCGAGUAUGAGCACUUGGGCGGCUAUCUUGAUGCAAACAUGGAUAAAGUAAUUACCAUUAAUAUCGAAGACUUAAUAGAGAAAGAAGAUUUUCUCUUGCUCAAAAAGUAUAUUAAACGUAAAAAUUUUACAGAAGAUCGUUAUCCCACCUUCAACUUGAUCUUACAAAUGCUUGUAGAAGAAGGAGCAUUUACAAUUGUACGACGCUUCGGUUGGAAAAAUGCUCACAUUAAAAUCCCAAACCUCGAGGUUAAAGAGCAACUUUUUGACAAAAUGUAUACAACAGAAUUUUUAUUAAAAAAAUUCAUGAUCUCAAAAGAUAUACUUGAAAAAUACACACGCAGUGCAAUCAUUAUAGAAAAUGACAACAGCCGAUUCAUCGAAUUUAAAAAUUCCAUUAGUGCGCUGUUAAACCAAACGAAACCAUUGAAUGAAGCCGACAUGCAAGGUGCUUUGUGCGGAGUACUACAAAGUCACGCAUCCAUAGUAAGCAAGUCGGGGAUACUUUAUGUAAGUAAAGGAGGUCGGGUGAAAAACGUCCCUAAAAAACAAAGUAAAUCCGAGAACCACGAUAUGUCCGAAUUAACAACGUCAAAAUAUGACUGCUUAUACGUCUUGAGAAACCUGCGAUCGGGAGAUGUUGGUAUAUUACUCGAACUGAAGUAUAAAAAGGAAUCGUCGAUGCUAGCAUUGACUCAAAUUCUCGAUCGUCAAUAUUACAAAACAUUCGACCAAGAUUUAAAAAAACGGAAUAUCUUUAAUAUAACAACAGAAGUUUUAAUUGGAAUUCAUUAUGAUCCUACGGCUAAUAAAACAUCGCUAAGUUAUCUGUGGAACGAUCGAGAUCUGGAGAAAGCUCAGCACGUGUAGUUGGUGUGUACGUAUCCACGGUUCUAUUUAAACAGUUUUAAUUUUUCUGGAGACCUGUAGUGUUUUGUUCUAGAUAAAAAUUUUAAGGAAGGUCUCUAGAUUAAAACAGCGGGGCGCAUUUUCGAGAUCUUCGAUAUUGAAGGCUAAAGUGGUGGCAGAGGCCCAUAUGUGUGACCGCAAAAAUUCACGGCUGGUGGAAUCAAAUUAAAAU